GUAUGAAUGGCGAUCUGAAACCGGCAUAGCCACACAGCCGGCGUAACUUAAGGUUGGCCAAUCAUCGCCACUCGUGUACUUUAAUUGUGAGACGCUGGCGCGGGAGGUAGCCGCUUGCUCUGCAAUCUUCAAAACCUAUCGAGCUUCCGGAUGGCUGUGUGGAGUCAGCCCUACAAAAUGAUGGUGAAUGUGUGGUGUUGGUGUUUAUGUUGCAUUAUUGCAGUUGGCUUGGCUCACGCCUGGAGAAGCAAACCAGUAUGGAAGCGGCAAAGUUUCCGGAGAGAUGUCUCGAACAAGAUGACGAAGGUUCCAUUUGGUCUCAUUCCAGUCAAACUGUUUGUCGUGACGUCUGCUCGCGGGUCUGCCAUGCUCCGAGAAAGACUGCGACUUUGCAUUACAGUACAGGUCCUCCAGCACGGACAAGGCACUUAUGAGGCUUACAAAGGAACACCUAUCAUCGCAAUGAGCGUUCCGCAAGUCAUCGUAUCGCAAGUGUCAAUUAAUGUCUUUGCGUGUUGCACAGAUGCACCAGAGGUGACGGUGGAGAACGCGUUGAGCCGGCUCGCCUUAAAAGCGGGGCUUGCCAAGUACCUAGCCGGCAGCGCCUCCGAUUGA